AUGAAUUUAUUGUUGUUCAUUUCAAACAGUUAUGACCAAUUUCGACCUCUCUCCUAUUUUGGAGCUGAUAUUGUUUGUGCAUGUUUUAAUGUCACAAAUCACAAAAGUUAUCUUUCAAUCAUACACAAGUGGAUUCAGGAAAUUCGACAACAUUUACCAACAGUUCCAAUCAUUUUAGUCGCUUGCAAGGUAGAUUUAAGACAAAAUAUGAAAGUUCUCUAUGAACUAAAAUAUCAGGAAUUAUGUGCACCAAUCACGAGAGAGCUUGGAGAAGAAUUGGCGAAACACACAGGGUGUAUGACCUAUGUGGAAACCUCCGCGAAUGUUCUGGAUUAA